CCAAACUAUUCAAAGGAAACAAGAGAAAUUGUAGUUGGCUCCACGCUGAAGCUCCAAACUCGGUCAGCAUCUCCCUCGGCAGGUUUCAGACUCUGUGGGAGGACAACAAGAAAGUUAUUUUUACUUUUUUCAGUUUUCAUUUUCAACAACAAUGACGUUCAGGAGGCUGAAGAAGGUGAACUCCAAUGGACCGGAGAGCGGUCCCGCAUCUCAAGACGACAUUUAUUUCCCUUCGUCAAAGUCGGACAGCUGCAGGACUAUGGACACACCGAGCAACUCCUCGGAGGUUUACAACUACAAGACCCUGGCUUACUCGGGGGGGACGCUGCCCAGAAACUACAAAAAGGGUGGCGGCUUACAGAAGUGGAAACCCCUUACGCAGACGCCAGAACCACAAAGGAAGGUGGUGGUCCUGGAGAAAAAAGAAGAGGAGGCAUUUGGUUUUGAGAUUCAGACUUACGGUCUUCACCAUCAGGACCAAAACUCUGUAGAGAUGUGUACGUUUGUGUGUAAGGUCCACAACGACAGCCCGGCUCAGCAAGCAGGACUUACAGUUGGGGACACCAUCGCAAGUGUGAACGAGGCCACCGUGGAGGGGUUUCGACACAAGGAGAUCGUUCAGCUCAUCAGAGCCAGUGGGAACUCGCUCAGGCUGGAGACGGUUUACAGUGACUCAAUUCGAAAAGCUGAACUAGAGGCCCGGCUGCAGUAUCUAAAGCAAACGCUUCAUGAGAAAUGGGAUGAAUAUCGCUCGCUGAUGGUGCAGGAGCAGCGCCUUGUUCAUGGUAUAGUAAUGAGUGAUGCUGCCUUGUAUGAGUCCCUGGAGUCAGCCGGUGUGUACGGCAGCCUCGGCACUCCAAGCCCUGCGCUUCAGAGAGCCCUGCACUGCACAGGCAGCACCAGCAGCAGCGCCAGCUUUCUCAGCACGGCCACAGAGGACGACCCUCUCUACCAAACCUGCAUAUAUCAGGCGGAUGGCAGCGUGGACUCUGACAGUGCAGAAAAAAAGAAAGAACAGUUACCGAAGCUGCAACGCCUCCGGCCGGCCAGCGAGUUCUUUUCAACGACCAAGACGCAGCUGACACGCAGCGCCAGCACUCGCAGCUACGUAAAAGGAUCUUCGUCGUCGUCGUCGUCCGUUCCGGGGGAGAAGCAGGGAGGCACGCUGCAGAGGAAGCCCAAACAGAAAAGCUUCCGCAGACGCCUCCUCAAAUUCAUCCCCGGCUUGAACCGACCACUGGAGGAGGAGGAGAGCAAACUGUGAGCAGCAAACAGAGCCGUUCACAGAGAGCAGAACUAAAGACUUAAAGUAAUAAUUACUGCCAAACUAAAGUGCCAAAGAAAACAGCAAGCAGCCCCAAAGAGUGAAGAAUUUAAGACCAAAGUGUAUUGGUUCUGUAGUUGCACCUCUUCCUGUUUAAAUGGGUAGACCAAUGGACAUUUAGCUACAUUCGGUAGCAUUCAGUGUUUUAUGGCUGUACAUAAGUUUUUCUUUUUGUUUGUUCUAAGUUAUUUAUUUAUUUUUGCAUGUUCAGUUUAUGUUCAGAAUGAUGUCUCAGUUUGUACUGCAUGCAGAAGUUUAAUUUUGACAGCUGAAUAAAACACCAAUGAUAAUUGUAA